AUGCCGCCGUCCUGGUUUUGGCGCUCCAGCGCGCGGGGAAAGCGGCCUAGCGCGCGCUGGUUUUGGCGCUUCAGCGCGCGGGAAAGGUUCGCGCGCGCGCCGCUGACGGCGCUCGUUAGAAAAAAAGCCCACCCUCCACACUGUCCGCCGCCCCACUCUCGCCGCCUCCGCGCCAUCAUGUCGAUCCGCCACCUGGGCGCUUCGGAUUUUCGCGGAGUCCGCGAGCGCCGCUCCGGCACCUUCUCCUCCAAGAUCUGGUUUUGCGAGAAACGUCUUAUACUCGGCACCUUCGACACCGCAGAGGAGGCGGCCCGCGCGCACGACGCGGCGGCGUGGCGCUUCCUGAGGCCUCGUCGGGAUAUGAAUUUUCUCAACGUGUCGAGCCAGCGGGCGCAGGAUCUGGCGCCUCUCCCGCGGCUUUUCACCGACGAGGAUCGCCGUGUCCACCGGAGGCGGCAGCGUCGCCUCGCCAUCGCAGAGAAGGACGUGGAAGCCUUGGUGGUGUGGCGCGGAGGCUUCCCGCAGGACAUCGUCGACUAG